UGCCACGCCUCUCGCUCGGAGUCAGCUAACUUAGGCCCUAGCACGCCCGCAAUCUAGGUGAGGAUAAGUGGUACGGAAAAUGGAUAGGUGGACCGAUUAUUAUUAUUAGAAAUGCACAUUAAAAUGAUGCAAUGCCAAACAUCAACAACACCCAGAAACGCCACCGGCUUCUGUGGGCCCAAGCUGGAUUGGGAUGGGCUGAUGUAAAUUGGAAAACUGCGCUGUGGUCAUUUUCAAAUAUCCAUCCAUCCAUCCAUUUUCUUUUGCCGCUUACCCUCACUGGGGUCGUGGGCACACUGGAGCCUAUCCCAUAUAUCUUCAGGCAAGGGGCUGGGUACACCCUGAAAUGGUCACCAACCAAUCGCAGUGCACAUAGAAACAAAUAACCAUUUGCACUCACAUUCACACCUAUGGGGAAUUUAGAGUCUUCAAUCAAGCUAUCUUGUGUAUUUUUUGGGAUGUGUGUGGGAGAAAACCCACACAGGCAUGGGGAGAACAAGCAAACGCCACAAAGUCGAUGCCGUAUUUGAACCCCGGUCCUCCGAUCUGUGAGGCACCACCAUAAAAUUUAAAAUACUGGACUGUAUGUGAAUAUUUACAAGUAAAAAAAAUUCAACGUAUCAGUUUGGACAUUAUCUCGUCUUUGUAUUCAGUUAAUUAUAGGUUGAAAAUGAUGAGCAAAAAAUAUUCAGCUUUGGAAUUGUGCUUUGUAACUGGGUGACUGCUUUAUGAUGUGUAACAAGAAGAUAUAUUUUUAACAUUUCUUCUUCCCCAUGUACUCUUAUAGUUGUCAAAGACUAGUGCAUUUCAUAUGGAUACUUUGUCAACAGCACGAGAAGCUCGGUGGCGAUGGAGGAUGAUGAAGAGCAGAAAGAGGAGAUUGGUAAGAGGAAAUGUCAGAGGCUAAUGCGGAUUUAGAGUACAGGGACUGUCAUGGCUAAAAAUAUUGGCACCGUAGGGGCGCCAUUGUUUUGAGCCAUGACAGCGUUGUCUACUAUACAGUAAAUAAAUUGUAUUUGUGGAAAAAAAAAUCUGUCUCACUAAUCUCCCAUUUAGUAAAUAGAAGUAAUUUUGGUAAUCCUAAUUGACCCAAAAUAGAAAAGUUGAGUUUGAUUUCAUGUCUGACAGUUGGGAGGGGGGUUUGCCUUUUUUUCCCAGUCAUAGCCAUUGACUCUGGCAUUACUGGGGAGUAUAUCAUGUUUUCUCCUUUGUGCCAUUUAGAGGAGACAGACAGUGAAGUUGCCCACAACCAGCAAAAACAAGGGUGGACCCCAUGUUUCUUCUUUCGGACAGAUAAAGAGAUGUAUAAUUACGUCGGGCAGGAGAUUGUCAUCCAAGAAGGAUUUGACUCCUACGCAGGAAUGAUAUGGCCUGCGGUGAGUCAUCUUAUCAACCCAGAUGUCUCUGCAUAGAUCCAUUUUCUGUAUCGCUUAUCCUAACCGGGCUCGCGGGUGUGCUGGUGCCUAUCCUAGCUGACUCUGGGUGCCUGCCAAUCACAGGGCAUAGACAGUAUAGUCGAGCAACUAUUCACAAGCUCAUACACGGCUAAGGGCAAUCAAGAGCCAUUGGUUAAGCUACCAUGAAUGUUUUUGGAAUGUGGGAGGAAACCGGAGUACCCACAGAGAAAAUCCAUGCAGGCAUGAAGAGAAAGCUCAAAGAACACACAGGAACAGGCCGCAUUUGAACCAUAUGCUGACCAGUCAGUCAGCGUACCGGCGACCCCAGAUGUAUUCUUCCUCAAUGUGAGACUGUAGCAUAAAUAUCAUGUGUACUAUUCCCAGGCCUUGGCUCUCUGUCAGUACUUGGACUCUCAUCGGAAGCAGCUGAAUCUCAUGGACAAAGCUGUACUGGAGAUCGGAGCAGGGACAGGCCUGCUGUCCAUUGUGGCAUCGCUGCUCGGGGCUUGGGUGACUGCCACUGACCUUCCAGAUGCUCUGAACAACCUGAGAUUCAACCUGAGCAAGAACACCAGGGGACGCUGCAGGCACACACCCCAGGUGGCCCCUCUUUCCUGGGGCUACAACCUGGAGAGCACCUACCCCACUUCGGUCUAUCGCUAUGACUACAUCCUGGCAGCUGAUGUGGUCUACCAUCAUGACUUUCUGCAGGAGCUUCUGGCCACCCUAAAGCACUUUUGCCAGCCAGGGACUACUUUGAUCUUGGCCAACAAGCUCAGAAUGGAGUCUGACCAUAAGUUUUUGGACAAAGUCAAAAGAUCCUUUCAAACAAAGGUGCUAGAAGAAGAUGAAUCAUUAAUCAUCUUAAUGGCCACGUGUACACUAGGUGAAGAGAAAGUGGAGGAUCUUCAGGGAGGAGAGGAGACAGGCCUGGAUGGAGAAUUUCAAAUCAAUUUGGAAAAGAAUACAAGAUUUGAUGGGGAAGUCACUGGAGAGGCUGUAAGAGAAAGUGAGUGUGCUAAGGAGGAGACCACGCAGCUAUCAGUCGGUUCCAAGUAGUGAAUGAGAUUGUCUCGGAAAAAGAUUGCACAGAUGAGUGUUCUCUCCGGUUUGUAUAUAUUUAGUCUGGAAAAUUAGAGAACUAAAUUACAACCUAAUCAAACAACCACUGUCAUGUCACGGCGUGACAUUACAAACAGCUCUCAGUAUGAUGAUGUAAUUCUAUACCACUACUAGCACAAUGUCAAAGAUUGUUAAAUUUUACUUCUUUUACAGUGUCAAUUAAAAUAGUAGUACUGUAUUAUCUUUGCGUACACAAAGUCUUGUAAUGGACCUGUUUAUUGUUGUUGAUUGAAUGCAUCUGUUUUAGGAGAAGCGCAUAUGGUGAAACGAACACAACCUGCUUGGAAAAAGAUCGAUAUUGUUGCACAGGACAGGACAUUGUAUUGUCUUUCAUGAAUCACUAGAUUUCUUUGGAAGGCCUUUGAGAUAAUGCAUGGGAGUGUAGUUAGUGGUCAGCAUGUCUGUUUCACAGUUGUUUUGGGGUUCAACAAGUUAAUAACUGACCAUGCCAUUCAAGUACUGGAUGAGCAUUCUAUUCCAUCUACUCUGGAUACAUGUCAUGAAUUGGAUUGCUUUAGGUAAGUGGCGAGAUGAAAAAGUAAGAUGAUCUUUUUCCACAUACAUUUCUUUAUAUAACAUGCAAGUCAAAUAGGAAUACGUCUCAUAGUACAUUUGCUGAUGUGAACAUAGUGAUUCUCCUGUAACGAGAAGAUGCAAAUUUGCAAGUUGUGUUUCCAUUUGAUCGAACCUACAUUUAGUAAUGCUUACCCAGAAAAUAAAAGAUUCCAAUUAGUGAUGGAGCCGUGCCCACUUACGAACAGAAUAUCACCUCCAUCUGCAGCAUCACUUACCGCUUCCACCCAAGCUCACAUUAAAACAAUAGAACUCUGUACUUUAAGACACUAGGAACUGUUUUAUAUUGUGAGCAUAAAGAUUUGUCAAAAAGUGCGCAGAAACUGCACAGGCUAAGUUGUUAUCAUAAUAUAAAUAAGUAGUAGUUUGCCACGUUUGUUACAUCUUUAAAAAUCAGUGAAUAUCAAUGAAAAGCUACAUUCUUGAAAACGUUUUUAUUGUGUUCGUUUUUUCUUUGUGACCUUAUUGCAAUGGCCUUUUUUUUUUUUUUAAACAAGUCUCUGAGGAACAAGGCGUUAAAUAAGUUUAUUGGCCUUUGCUUGAAUUAAAGCCCUAAAAUGUUUCAGUCAUAAAAUACCAGAUUAAGCCUUUUUUUUUUUAAAUAUCCCAACACCAGCAGAGAAAGAAAUAUGUGAGGAUUGUGGUGGCAGAAAUGGAUGGCAUUCAGUAGUGUUGGAAGUUAAGGCCUUUUUUUUUUUCCAGAGAGUGUCAAAGGUAACACAUGCUGGAAAUAGCAGAACCCUGAAAUUUUGGUUUAUCUGACUCGAGACCCACGCAAACACAGAUGUGGGGUAAAGGACCAAUAAAUGCGUAACAAAGUAACCAGCCAGAAAAUGUGCAGGUGCGUGUCUCGAUGACAACAGCAAACAAGUCCACUCAUAUGUGACCAUUAUUCAAAGGUGACAGCUAAAAAUAAAAAUGAAAGGUCAACAUGAAGUGUUUAUAAAAUAAACAAAAAAUAAUAACGAAAAUAAAUUUAUGAAAAGUCUGCAAUUGCAAAUUUUAGCGAUCUGUAAUUACAGAUGAUGCAUUACCUUCUUUAAACAAAUCCAACUCCAGUUAUCCGUCCAUCCAUUUUCUAAGCUGCAUACCUUCACAAGGGCCAAUCCCAGCUGUCAUCAGGCAGGAAGUGGGGUACACCCUGAACUGGUUGCCAACCAAUCGCAGGGCACAUGGAGACAGACACACUCACAAACACACCUAAGGGGCAAUUUAGAUUCUCUAAAUAAUGUCUUUUUGAGGGGGUUAGGGAGGAAACAGGAGAGCUCGGAGAAAACCCACGCAGUCACGUGGAGAACAUGCAGACACAAGUGGAGCCGGGAUUUGAACCCCAGUCCUCAGAACUGUGAGGCCAGCGCUCUAACCAGUUGCUCCACCGUGCC